CCGUUUAAGAGCAUGUCGUCGUCGGGCAGCAGCGACGAGGCGGCGUCGCCGAGCCUCGCGAUCGUCACGAGCAUGCAGAUCUACCUCCCGAUGCUGCUCGUAAGUGUCAUCGCGUUUGAGCUGCUCCGGCGCCCGCACCCAGUUGCGUUUGCCUGCCGCCGGCGCGCUGCCCGCACGGCGUCGACCUUGUCGAGUGCAUCGUUUGGCUUUCUGCGGUGGGUGCUGCCGGUCAUGAAGGUUUCGGACGACGCAAUCGUCGAGCUCUGCGGCCUCGACGCGCUUGUGCUGCUGCGCUUUCUGCGCCUCGGGCGCAAGCUCGCGUGCUGCGGCAUUAUCCUCUCGAUCGUGCUGCUUCCGGUGUACGCGACGGCCGACUGGACCUCGUCGACCUUGGACAUGCUGGACCGCGAAGGCAUCACGGGCCUCAAGCCCGGCGACCCGCGGCUCUGGGCGUCGCUGCUGAGCAUGUACGUGCUCUCGUUCUACACGAUGCACUUGCUCUUGCUCUUGGCCGAGUACAAGGCCUUUGUGCGCCGGCGCCACGCCUUCUUGAGCAAGCCCGACGUGCAGCAGUACUCGGUCGUCAUCAACGACCUGCCGCGGUCGCUCCGCACGCGCGAGGCGUUGACCAAGUACUUGAAGUACCUCUUCCCCACGUCGCUGCAAGCCGUCGUUCUCUCGGUCGAGUGCGGCCACAUCGAAGCGCUCGUCGCGUCGCGCGAGCUCUUCCGCAUGAAGCUCGAACAUGCGCUCGCCGAGAGCGCGACGAGUGGCGACCGGCCGCUGCACAUUGUCAAGACCCGGGGCACGGCCGUCGAUGCGAUCGAGUACUUUGAACGCAAGCUCAAGAGCCGCAACGAGGUGAUUCCGAUCGAGAUUGACGCGAUCGAGGAGAAGCAGCGCGUGCUGUACGCGGCCAUGACGGACGAGACGCUGACGGACGCGGCGUGUGUCUCGGACCACCACUACGACGACGACGACGAAGACGCGAGCAGGUUGCGCGAGAGCUUGAUCGAGUACCACGCCGAGUGGACGCAGCCGUCGCAGUCGACCAAGCAGACGCGCACGCUGCUCAAGAUCAUGCGGCACUCAGCGUUCGUGACGUUUUCGUCGCUCCAGAGCGCGCACAUUGCGCAGCAGCUGCUCCAGACCGAGACGCCGACGACGAUGCGGGUCGAGGCCGCGCCUGCGCCGUCGGACGUGGUCUGGGAGAACAUUGGCGUCUCGCGCCAGGUGCGCAGCACGUGGCAGUACGUCUCCGUGCUCGUCACGACCGCGAUCGUGGUGUUCUGGACGAUCCCGACGGCCAUCGUCGCGUCCUUUGCCAAAGUCGAGAACCUCCGGCAGGUCUGGCCAUCCCUCGACGACGCGUUCGCCAAGCAUGCGUGGCUGCUGCAUGCGUUCCAGCAGUUCGCGCCGCUGGGCCUCGUGGCCAUGACGGCGAUCGCGCCGGUCGUCUUCUCGCUGCUCUCAAAGCGCGAAGGCCAUGCGUCGACGGCCGCGAUCGACGCGUCGCUCUUCAUCAAGCUCGGGUACUUUCAGUUCAUCCAAAUCUUCUUCGUCUCGGUCUUCUUCGGCUCGUUCCUCACGAUCCUCGACAACAUCCGCGCGAUCCUCGACACCUCGUCCUUCAUGAGCUUCCUCAUCAUCAAGACGGGCCUGAGCCUCUCGCUCGAGCUCCUCCGCGUCGUCCCGUACCUUCUCUCGCGACUCUACCUGCUCUGCGCGCCGCAGCUCACAAGGCGCGAGCGCAGCAUGGCGUGGUACGGCCUUCGCCCGCUGCACGAGCCCGGCGAGCUGCAGUACGCGAUGCUCCUGCCCGACUACUACCAAGCCGUGCUGCUCACGCUCACCUUCUCGCCCAUGUCGCCGCUCAUGGCGUACUUUGGCGCGCUCUUCUUCACCUUGAGCGAGGUUGUAUACCGCCGCCAGCUGCUCUUUGUGUACGACCCCAACGUGCACACGACCGGUGCGUACUGGCCGCACUUGUACACGUUCGUCAUGACGGCGCUGGUGGUUGCGCAGAGCACGCUCCUCGGCGUGCUCUCGCUUAAGCAGGCGCCGGGCCCCGCGACAGCAGCGCUCCUACUGCCCGUCCUCACGCUGCUCUUCCACCUCCACGUUGUCGCAUUGUACCCGCGCACGGCCGCCAACUUGCCGCUCCUCGAGUGCUGCCGCCUCGAUGUGCUCCGAUCGCCUGGCGCGACCUUCCCGACGACGACGUACGUGCAGCCAGCGCUGUUGGCGCGACCGCCGCUGAGAGCCGACUACGCCGAGCUCGGAUCGGCGCGACCUCGAGGCGAAGGAAUCGCGUCCGAGAGCAGCAGCAGCAGCCUCGUGGCCCUCUACACCGAUUACGAAGACAAAGACAUGUAG